AUGGGCAGCAUAGGCUUCAGCUUUAGAAACAUCACGUACCGGCGUCCAGAAGAAGCACUUUUUGCAUCAGAUGCUGUGUGCAUGGAUUCGCCGGAAGUGUUGCAGCCGUUCUUUCUGUGCGAGCCCCCAGAGCAGGUUCGACUGUUCAUCACGCUGUUCUGCGUUUCAGUUGCCUUUAGUCUGAUUAUAAAUCAUCCAGCAGCGAUCAGCUACUAUCGUUUCGUUGCAAAUGCGAAUCUGCCACAGAGUGGUCGACGAGGACUAGGCUACAAUGCGUGUAAGGCAUAUGGUAUCUUCCCAAUCGGCCAUCUUCCAGAGAGUCACUUUCAGAUGGUGGGAUGGUUGCUAGUGGUCUCGCUACUGCUGGCUUGCCACUCUCACUUGGCACCCCGAUUUUUCCUGUUUGCAAGCUUCGGCCUCUACUUCCUGUACUUUGGCCAACUUUUUUGCGAGUCCAAGCAUGGUGGUCAUGGUGCACUUUUGUUACCUUCGGUGCUGCUCCUGUUGGCAUUAAGUGGAGGGCCUUUGGGCUCUCCAUGGAGCCUCGUCUUCAUCAAAUUGUUUCUGGGCGUCAUCUAUUUUGCCGGUGCAGUGUCGAAAGUUGUGGUGGCUGGGGUCUUUGGCCGGCCAUGGCUGGGCAGUACAAUGCAAGCAUAUAUCGUGGAUGCUAUGUGGAGCCGCCCACAUUCCUCCUCCCUGGUGCGAGCUUUGCAGUGCUUCAUAAUUCAGCGCUGGUAUCUCUGCACCUUCUUGGCUUUGUCAGGGCUAAUCUUUGAAUUUGCAUGGCUGCCCGUUGUUAUGUUUGGUGGCAGAUUGGGAUCGGUGCUAGCUGGUGCGGUUGCUUUUUCCUUUCACCUGGGCGUUGAUCUCUUGCAGGGGUUGGACUUCAAACCGUUCUGGUGCCCAGUCUUCUGGGUCUUCCUGCCCGAUGUGCAGGCAAUUUGGCAUGGGCAGGAUGUCCUUCCCAAUGAGAUUUGGACCAUCCUCGCUCAAGGCUUUGAAGAGGAACCUUGCCGCUGGAUCAUGAGUGCAGCAUACCUGCUCCUUCAAGUGGUUGUUGCAAUCCGUUUCAUGGAUUGCUGGGAGGGCAUGGAAUGCUUGCCACUCACAUGUUGCCCAAUGUUUGCCGUUCCGCGAAAUCUGUUUGAUGAUGAGUUGCGAGCUGGGGUCAUGACUGAUUUGGACCUCAGGGGUGGUGGUCAUGUGGAUUUCGCCUACAACUUCUUCCCUUGGAGCACUGAGCUGCCCCUGAGCACCACCGACCUCCAGCAUAUGCCUGGCCGGGUCCUAUUUUGGAUGUCCAGCCUUCACUGCAACGAGAACCUCACAAGAAUGUUGAAACCAGAGUAUUUGGACAAGGAGCUGUUGAUUUGCGCAAAUUUUGAUGUCUCACCUGCCCUGCACGCCAAGCUUCUCGAGCUGGUCCAGUUCCUCGAGCAGGCUGACCCGAAUGAUUGGACUGAUGCAAAAAAGAUUGGAGAGGUUGCUGAUCUUCAAGCUGAAUGCCGCAGCCUCUUCAAGGAGCACUCUUUCAAAAAGUCCCAGGAUGCCUGCUCAUAUGGGCUUCAGGCAACCAAAGGGAAUCCCGAUUUGAUGAACUGGAUGAAAUUCUUCACUCCCACGGAGUGGCACCCAUACGUGGUCUUUAUUGUGGAAAUCCUCUUGCGCGUCAUGGCAGAUGGAUGGACUUGGUUUUUUGCCACUGGUAAUGCGGUUGAUGUUAUUCUCAUUAUCGUCACAGGUAUCAUUCCAACCUACAUCCUGCAGGGGAUUUUCAAUGUGGACAGUGGCGAACUACGAAUCGGCCAGGCCUUGCGAUGCGUUCGAUUGAUUCGCAUCUUGAAAAGUGUUCGUACCAUCAGUGCCUUCAGAAUUUUAUGGUCGCUGGUCAGUGGCAUCGUGGAUAGUGGGCGGAUUCUUCUGUGGACGCUCACCAUCAUCCUCGUAGUUUUGUACAUGUUCUCAAUCUUUUUUGUUCAGCUGCUGGUAAAGUCCGGGCUGAACCUCACCCCAGACCAGACAGAUAUGGUGGACGGCUUCAUGAAAACGGUCCCAGAGGCCAUGUUCACGCUCUUCCAGUGCCUGACUUUGGAUAGCUGGACCUGGUUCAGCCGAGAGCUGCAGAAGGAUCAGCCUUUUGUUGGAGUACUGUGGCUCCUCUACGUGGCGGUCGCGUGCAUGGUCUUGAACAACUUGGUCAUUGCUGUAAUUGUCAACAAUGCAAUUGCUCGAGCAGAGGAGGACGAGGAGCUUCAAGCUUCGAUUGCUCGGGAGACCACUGAAGGUGAGCUGAAUGACCUCAGGCAACUCUUUGAUGAACUCGUCCCAGAGGCAGAUAGGGACUACAUGACCCAGGAGGAGUACGAGGAUGCAGUUGAGAAACAGAACGAGACUUUGUGGACGAAGCUGAAGCUUAACAACCUCGAAGAAGAUGAGAUCAUGAACCUGUGGACGUAUAUGGAUUGGGAAGAACACAUUGACCGAGAAGAAUUCGCACAGCAGAUUCGAAACUUGAAAGGCCCUCAAGAAGGAAACCACGCAGGCACAGCUGCUGGGAGCUUGGGGCUCGUCCAAGAAUCUGAUUUGAGCAGAUACCUGGUGGACAAAUUCCAGCAACAGCAAGUACUCAACGAAGAAUUGAAGGCUUCCAAGGAGAGGAGUUGCCAGUUGUUGGAUUUUGCUUUGAGCGUUGCAGGUGGCGAAGAAGGUUCAGCUGGUGAAGAUGAGAGAGCAGGAAGGGUUCUCUUUACCAGGUUCAUGACGGACGCCAAGGACCGGCGUGCCAGUCGCGCAUGGCGCUUGUCACCUGCAGGUGCGGCGGCUGCUGAUGCGGACCAGCACCGGGAGCAUCGAGCAUGCCGUGCAAAGAACUGGGUACCGGCACCGGAUGCCACGGAAAACAGCGAUCCAGAGGCCUUCUUCAACCUCUUCUGCAGUACAUGCCACUACUUCCUGUCCGAGAAGGGCUUGAUGAUGCAAAUGUUGGCUAACCCAUCUAGCAUUUGCUUCUCCACAGACCAGCGCCCUCAGGGAGUUGAGCUGCAGGAUGAGGCUGCCAAAAUGCCGGGCAUGUGUGACUGCAAAGUUCAAGAUUUCGCAUGUGGCUGUGGAGCCCGUCUAGGCUAUCAUUUGACCUCGCCGUGUGAGGUGUGCGACGAGGAGGGAACCAAGCAGCGGUGGUUCUUGUGUCCCCGCUGCAUCGAAGCAGAACCCGGAAGCGAAUGUCCCAGAACGCCACGAUGGGCAGAGGUCCCACAGGAGACUCAGGCACAGAGGCCCCAUGGCUUACCUCAGUUUGGCCAAUCUCGUGAUGAGAAGAUUGCGAAGCCGACGCCAUUGAGCGAUGUGAAUGGCAGGGAGACUGGGUCCAAGGGGGCCAAGAAUGAGCCGAAGGGCAAAGAUGAUGCCAUUCUCCAAGUCGCACGGCCAACCUUGGACACCAAAAGCAUUGAUCCCAAGUGCAGCAUGGAGACGACUAAGAGGCUUGCAGAGUUGGAGAGACGAGAGCAAGCAGUGUCAGCAAAAGAGGAGCAGCUCAACUUGCGUGAGCUGCAAUUGCUGCGGCUGGAAGCUAAGGUCAAUGUGAGCACAAGUCAGACGAGUCAGGAAAGGGUGCCAUGGAAAGCAGACAGGGACUUUGGGACCCAUCUGCCAGAGAAGUCGGAAAAGGAUGUGGCGACUUCAAGCGAAGUCAUCCGGGUUCAAGGCAUGCAGGGCGUUCCAACUGCGGCGAAGCCCGAUUUGGCAGACAGAGGCGUUUCUCCAAGGGAGCUUUCUGCGCCUACCACCCAAGUUUCCGCAGAGACGUUGUCUGCGGAUUUUGAACGAUUGCAGCAAGCUCGAAUCGAUGCGUGGGAAGCUCAACAGCGGGUAGCCAAAGCCACUGAGCAUGUGGCACUGGCAGAGGCACAUACGCAGGAUGCAGCACACCCACAGGGAAGACUGGAGUAUUCACAGCGGCUGGCAGAGAAGAGAAAGGAGCUUGAGCGAUGGCAGAAGGCACUUGAAGAGAGGAGCAAAGCCCUUGAAGAGCUGGAAAAGAGCCUUUCGGACGCGGGCGGCAAGCUCUUUGCAAAGGCAAGCCAUCACAGUGGGUCUGGCCCAUUCCUUGCCAACUUGCAGGCAGAUGCCGUCCAUGCAGCCUCUGCAGCAGCCAAAGCAAUGGUUGGAGCUGGCUUCACAGCCUCCAAGAUUGUGGUAGCCGUAGCCAAACCCAUGUUUGGAGCUGUGAAAAUCGCAGGCUCCGCUGCCUUUCAGUUUGGUGUGAGCACAUAUGCAGCAGCAGUGGCACGUGCCAAUGAAGAGGCCCAGGAACGUGCGAUUGCACAGGCUACAGCACUGAGGCGCUCCAAGUACUAUGCCUCUGCAAGCCCUGGCCUCACAAGCCACACAGGUCACGGCCACACAAGCCACGGCCACGCAAGCUACGGGCACAUGGACUUCCGCGAUGGCAGUGGUGUCCCACCUCCACGACGGACAUGGGAGAGCAGAUCACCACAGCCUUGGGGCCGAGGAGCAUGGUCACCAGGUUGGCAGCCCUCGCCGAUUUAUCCCGCUUCUCCGGCUCCAUCUCACUUGCCGCCCGUCAUGGAACGGGAAGGCCUCUUGGGCUGGAUCCGGCGAAACAGCGGCUGCGGGACCCGAAAUCACAUGGCCUAUCCCGUACCGUAUCCGGCUUGCGGGUGA